AUGUGGCAACAUCGGCGAUGGCGGCCCGCUCCGGUUGAUCUGACAUUUGACAUAGUGCAUGCUAGAGCUGGUUCAGUCAUGAACAUCUCUCACUCUGACAUGAAACUACCAAUACCCGAAGAAAUGUCGUUCCAGAAAGGCAGGUCCAUGUUAUGGGACAUGGUUCUUGAAUACUCGCUACCUCAUCGCCAUCAGGGAGAUACGGGAGAAUGUCCUGAAAGACAAACCCUCAAAAGAACCGCUCAGGAAACCCGUUGUGCUCUGCCAGGUCUCCUGGAUAAACUCAACUCGGAUCAUGAGGCAAAGAGAUCUAAGAAAUUAUCGUCGGAGUCUCUCGACCACUUACAACCCAGGGAUUGCCCCAACUUUCCAUCAAGCGCGACCAUUCAAGUCAUCAAUGACGAUACUCUCAACGUUGCUGUCCGUCUUGCUCAUUUUGCACAAGUCAAUCCUCUCAGUUUAAAUUCCUCAAACCUCCUCCCAAUAAUCAUCAACUUCGCAAGCCACCGAAAACCGGGCGGAGGCUGGCUGAACGGCGCCAUGGCACAAGAGGAGUCAAUUUGCUACCGCUCCUCAUUGUCACUAAGCCUAAAAAUUGAGGACUACCCGCUCGAGCUUGACGAGGUGAUCUACAGCCCUUACAUCUUGGUCAUGCGAAGUGACCUGGCUUCCGGACACACUCUGCUUGAGUCGUCCUCUAACACAGCGGAGGAGCUUCCGGUUAUCAGCGGAAUUACGAUCGCGGCUAUCCAUCGACCUCUCCUUCAAACAAAGUCACACAAGGAGUCCAAGACCCGGCAGUGCGGCCAUAGCCUACACUCACGCCGCAGCACAAAUUCGCCAUCACCCUCUCGCCAGCGUAACCAACAGUUCUUUGCGCUAGACAGGGACCGCAGCCUUACCAAGAAAAAGAUGAGGCUAGCACUUCGUAUUGCAGCAGCUCAUAAGCAUUCGAUGCUAGUUCUCGGGGCCUUGGGCUGUGGGGUCUAUGCAAAUCCCCCUGCUGAGGUUGCGAAAUGUUGGCUCGAGGUUCUGAAGGAAGAUGAGUUUCGCGGAAACUGGUGGCGCAAAGUUCACUUUGCUGUCUAUGACUCUAAGAACGAAGGCAUCUUUGAGACCUUCAGGCAGAUUUUGGAUGGGGAGGAGGUUUAG